CUUCGUCAUGGGUCAACAAUCAUCCAUAGAGUGAGCCAAGCAUGUCAAGGCAAGGAGGAAGACACAAGAAGUUCAAAAACAAGAAGUAACCAAAACAGUGAAAUAAAAUGUGUUAAAGGGAUCCGUGUUAAAGUGCCGAAGUAUCGAACUACCUGAAUACUCAUACUGAACUGAAUAAAAUACAAUAGCACACAAUACCAUCCAUGCCAUAACAUACUGUGUGUCUUAAAAGUUGGAGUGAAAAUUUCACAAGAUUUGUCAAGAUGUCAUCACGAGCAAUGAGAAAACUUCAUGGAGACAGCAUGUUGAAUCAACUGCAAGUUCCUUCUUCAUCUUCGGAAGAUGAUGAUCAUGAUGACGUCAGUGAUAAUCGUGGUGGAUCAAGUGUACCAAUCAACCCUUUUGAUUUAUUACAAGAGGAAGAAAAUGAAGUGGAAAGUGAUGGAGAGAGAAGAGACACGUCAAUGCAAGGAAACCAUGCUACGUCGACGCAGAGUGAAACAACCUCAUCAGGAGCAAAGAAGAAGAGGAAGAAAAAGAAGAAAAAGAAACACAGUGAAGCGGAGAUCAACGUCCAAGAUGCUCCUGAAGAUGAAGAUGAAAUUGAUGCAAGUUUACGACAAGUAAACGCAAUGCUUGGCACAUUGCCAAAUGGACCAUCAGAGCCAAUAUCCACUGCAUCCUCAUCUGUUACCAUAGAUACCAAGGCAGUGUUAGCCAUUGAGCACAAGAAUCUGAACGCAGAGAAUGAGAUGAGACGAAUCUUUGGAUCCAUGGUAGUCAGGCAGAAUGAUCAGAGGAGAAGAGGAAGACGUAAAACUUAUCAACGAUCAACAUGGUUAGUCAAUCCCAAAGCAGAAUGGCCACACAUAGGAAAAACUGGUUUGUCCAUGACACAACUUGAAACUAAAGGCGGGAAUCAUUUCUUCACACUGGAGCACUCCAAGGAUUAUCAACAAGUACAGUUUCAAUUUCUAGACGCAGUUGAAUCUAUGAAUCCACAGAAUCUUACGGCGUUGCUGCAGAUGCAUCCAUACCACAUUGAUACUCUUCUUCAAUUGAGUGAAGUCUGUAAGAUGAGUGAGGACAGACAGAUGGCUGCGGAGCUUGUUGAGAGGGCGCUAUACAACAUUGAGUGUAGUUUCCAUACGCUGUUCAGUUUAACGCAAGGGAACUGUCGUCUUGACUACAGGAGGGCAGAGAAUCGAGCCGUCUUUCUGGCACUCUUCAGACAUCUAGAGUUUGUUGGACAGAGGGGAGCAAAUCGCACGGCUUUGGAAUUAUGCAAAUUACUAUUAAGUCUGGACCCGGACUCUGAUCCACUUGGUGUGUUAUUGAUGAUAGACCAUUAUGCAUUGCGUUCUGAUCAACAUGAGUUUCUGAUAAGACUAUUUAGUGAAUGGGAGGCCCACAAGAAUCUCUCUCAGCUUCCUAACUUUGCCUUCAGUGUCGCUCUGGCCCGGUACCAUUCAAAUCAAGAUGAUAAUACCACCAAAGCCGACGCUGCAGUACAAACAGCUCUUCUCAUGUAUCCAUCGGCCUUGAUGUUACUCCUGGAGAAAUGUGGCGUCCAGCCAGACGCUGCAGUCAAGAAACAUCCAUUCUUCUCAGUAUCAAGUCAUUGCAAUCAGCCGAAAGCCUUAACUCAGCUGAUAUCUCUAUAUGUUGCACGUAAUCAUGCCAUGUGGAAGGUACCUGAGGUUAUGAAGUGGUUAGAGACUAAUGUUAGCGCUGUAUUACAACGGGUGGACAACAAGGAACCGCUGAUUAAAGAAUACCAGGCAAAGAGACAGAUGAGAUAUCAAGGAACACCGAGGAAUGUUUAUCGUCAUAUUCUUCUAAGUGACAUCAAAGAUGCGACUCUAUCCUUACCUCCCGAGCUGGCUAAUACACCUGUCUUGUCUUAUGAUCCACUCCCUCCAAAAGACUCUAUAGUCUCCUAUCAUAGACCACCAAGGCAGCAGGGCUCAGGUAUCCCGACCGAUCGUGGUCUCUUCUCAGAAUUCUUCCGUUCCAUGAUGCCUUCAUAUUUACCACCACCACCAGGUUCAGCAAUACCAGAUCUUGCUGCCGUAGUUGAUGGAGAUAACCCCGAGGGAGCAGCCGGGGGUUACUUGGCUCCUAACACAGAUCUAAGGCAGAGUCUAGGAACAUUGAUGGAUGCUAUGAGAGACUUACUCCACAGUCUAAGACCACCGGACGGGGAACAAGAAGAUGAAAAUGUACAAGAAAUGGAGGAGUUUGAUUAGAAGUGAUUAGUAGGGGGAGGCCGUAUGCUUCGUUUUUAAAAGAGAAGGGGUUCACCGCGGUGUAUCUGGUAGUGCGUUAAUCUUCAAUCACGAAAGCUGCACUCGAAAGGAAGAAGAAGAAGAAGAAGGAGUGCCCUACUUCGAAAAGGCUCAGACUCUCAAGCCUUAAAGGCACUGGACACUAUUGGUAAAUGUCAAAGACCAGUCAUGCACUUGGUGUUUCUCAACAAAGGCAUAAUUGGUUGUCGGAAGUUGCAAGCAAUAAUGAAAGAAAAAAACACCCUCGUCACACGAAGUUGCGUGCUUGAAGAUGCUUGGUUUCGAG